UCGACAGUCGACAGGCAGUGUUGAUGGCACACCGCUGGAGAAGUGAAAUGUGAUGAUGACUAACAAGUGGAAAUCCACUAACUGUAUGAUUCUGUGAAUUGGAUUUUUAAGAUAUUAUGUAAGAACAAUGAUUUCAUGAAUAUUUAAAGGAGCCAUUAUGGGUAACUGUUUAAGCAGCGCUAAAGGAUCAAGCGGCAAUGAAUCGGCCUCCUUAGCUGAUAGAAAUCUGCAAGCCAGAGGACAACAGUUCAAAACAGAUUCGGUGACAGUGCCAUCACAAGCCAACCAGUCAUUGACAGACCCAUCCCUCGGAGGUCGGUCAGCUGGCAGUGGUCUAUUGUCUGACAGUGGGGUCGGUGUGAGCCAGGCUGCGGGUGUAGGCCCCGUAACAACUUCAGGCGUGGGGGUGGGAGCUGGUGGCCGUGUCAAUGGCAUGGGGUCACUACCUUCCUCCUUACCUGACAAUGAAAGCAACUCUACACUUUCUGGCAAGAUAUUUGUUGCCCUGUACGACUACGAUGCUCGUACAGACGAAGACUUGAGCUUUAAGAAGGGGGAGCAUCUGGAGAUCUUGGAUGACACGCAGGGCGACUGGUGGUUUGCUCGGUCCAGAGGAACAAAGAGAGAAGGAUAUAUCCCUUCAAAUUAUGUUGCCAAAUUAAAAAGCAUUGAAGCUGAGCCAUGGUACUUCGGCAAAAUUAAGAGAAUUGAAGCAGAGAAGAAACUGUUACAAGCUGAAAAUGACCACGGAUCUUUCCUGAUACGCGACUCCGAGAGCAGACGAAAUGAUUACUCCUUGUCUGGUGCGUGGCUGUUGGUCGAGAAACCGGUGACAGCAGGCUUGUCGCACAGCACUCGCGAUCAGUGGGAGAUCGAACGCUCGUCUCUGAAGUUCGUCCGUAAGCUCGGACACGGACAGUUCGGCGAGGUCUGGGAAGGCUUGUGGAACAACACAACACCUGUGGCCAUCAAGACACUCAAGCCAGGUACAAUGGAUCCCAAGGAUUUCCUGACAGAAGCACAAAUCAUGAAAAAGUUGCGGCACGGCAAACUCAUCCAGCUGUACGCCGUGUGUACGCUGGAGGAACCCAUCUACAUCAUCACGGAGCUCAUGAAGAAUGGCUCGCUGCUGGAACACUUGCAAGGCAAGGGACGAUCCCUGAAACUGAACAUCCUGAUCGACAUGGCGGCACAGAUAGCAGCUGGCAUGGCUUACCUCGAGUCAGAGAACUACAUCCACCGCGACCUGGCGGCCAGAAACGUCCUCGUGGGUGACAACAAUGUCGUCAAAAUCGCCGACUUCGGACUGGCGCGGCUAAUUAAGGAGGACGAGUAUGAGGCGCGCGUCGGGGCGAGGUUCCCUAUCAAGUGGACGGCCCCUGAGGCCGCCAACUACAGCAAGUUUUCCAUCAAGAGCGACGUCUGGAGCUUCGGUAUUCUGCUCACUGAGCUCGUCACUUAUGGCAGGAUUCCUUACCCCGGCAUGACGAACGCUGAGGUGCUGCACCAAGUGGAGCACGGAUACAGGAUGCCCGCUCCCCCCAACUGCCCCCCUGCCCUCCACGAGAUCAUGAUGGAGUGCUGGUACAAGGACCCGAUGAAGCGGCCGACGUUCGAGACGUUGCAGUGGAAGUUAGAAGACUUCUUUACUCUGGACGGCUCGGAGUACAAGGAGGCCAGCGUCGCCUACUAGGCUUACCUCUGCACAACAUUCUCUGCACAUCUCCUAUUCUCUGUAUCCGCUACUCUGCAUGUCUCCUUCCUACGUACUCAUUGUAUCUUCUACGCAGAAAAUUGUCUUCUCUUCGCAUCCCAUUUUUUGCCUAUCUUCUACACUGCAAAUCAUCCAAUCUUUCAUCCCGUCCACUUCACAUCUUUUCGUCUUCGUCACAUCCUUACCUUUUCUCGUUCUUUAAUCUUCUAAUCCUUUGAUCUUAUCAUGUCUUGUGUUGCAGAAAUUAUGCAAAAUCGAUACGCAAUUUAAUGAAAAUUAUGUAAAAAAAGUGAUUUCAGAGCUGGAGAUCAUAUGAACAUGUGCAAGUGCGAAACCAAUAUGUAUCUGUUAAACGAAUUUUUAAACCCUGGAACAAUACUAACUGAACAAAACCUGUUCCUGAAGACAUCACAAACAAUCGUCACAAUUCCAUUGAAUUAUAGUCGAUAUAAAAUGACUAGAGGUGCCGAAACCUACGAUUAGUUCUGCACAAAUUCUUACUUUAAUACCCUUUUGGUGUUGAAGUUCAUUCAAUCAAAGAUCCUUAUUAUAGAUUUUGUGCAGCGCGUAGCAUUUACCUGUGCGUGCUUCCUUACGUGUGCCCAAGCUCUUUGAUUCGUUUUAUCAAAUCUCUUGGUGGAGCUUUAUUUAUGAGCUUUCUGGGCCUCUGAAUCCAGCUCUGGGUGCCAGCAAUGUAGCAUCUAGCUCUGGGCACUGCAAUGUUGAACCCACUUUGAUUGCAGUGCUACUCCAGCAAUUCUCGUUCUGUUCAAGAGCGUUAGGUGAGAUUUGAUGGAAAUACUUGCCAUUUUCGGUACGAGUUUUGAGUUUUCCAUAUACAUGAGAACGACUAAACCGAGAGUAAUUGAUAGCGAGUGUAUGAGCCUUCUUGUGUAACAUCUAAGACCGUACAUGGUAAUUAUUUUUGUA